CUACGAGCACGCCGCCGGUCGGUACGGCGAUUCAGUAAUCAGCCGGCCGCCGAACGCGACGGAUGUGUUCUGUGUUUGUUACCGUGAGUGUCAAAUUAUAUCGUGUGUCCGUGAGUGCAGCGUGCGCGCGAUGAAAUUUUGUGGGACGCCGGCCGCAGUCGUCGUCGUCGUCGUCAGUCAACGUGCCCGGUGACCGGUCCCGUCCGUUACGCGUUAAGUUCCCACGCCAUGCCGUUCGUGCAACGCGCCGUGGGCCCGGUCCACCUGAGCAGGGUGAAGCUGCACGACGAACACGGCGUACCCACAGUCCGGGACCGCGAGUUGGACGCCGUCACCAACUUCGCACUGAGCAAUGCACUUCGGCAAAUGGCCUCGGUGGCCGCGCUCGCCGAUGAGGUGUUCCGCGAACUCCGCGACCAGUUAGCAGACGUGGCCACCAGGUCGGCCGGUCUUAAGCGCCGCGUCCAGGCCCUCAGCCACUUGGUCGACCACGCUGACCCCAAAGCCGUCACAGUUCCUGAAAGUGACCUGACAGCGUUCAGUCUGAAAACAGAACAUUUUAAGAGCAGGCAAGUGGAGAGCAAGAAUUUAUUGUUGGCAGAAAAUAGACCUAUUUGGGUUAAAAGGCUCUACGAUCAAGCAGGAGUACCGAGUAAAGUAUAUGCCAACAAACCUCACGUCCAUCGAUUAUCGAGAAGGAAGCGAUCACUGGACGACAUUCUCUUACCGGACGACAUAGAACUUAGAAAGCCUGCGGCAAUCACCAGUCUCCGUCCAUGGACAUCGGAAGAAGUUCUUGGAGAUAUAACCGUAGCUCCUGAUUGUUCAUCAAGGAUACCUAGAGAUCCGAGUCCGGUUUCAGAAGAUCAGACUGACCACACGCUUCCAUCGCCUGAAGAACAGCAGCAGGUCAUCGCACAUAAAUUCCCGCCGCAAAUAGUCGAAGUUGACGUAUCCGGCAGGAGUUUUAACCGUAUGAGCGCGCUUAGAAGAUCUCUGCAGAACGUUGAAUAUGAAACGUCUGUUAGACGACGAAAGAGCAGAAGACCCAGAGGCAAGAGGAGGAAUACGAUUGCUGGAACCGAUCAAAAAGAAUUAGAAGCCGUUAUUGGUUCAUUAUCUGAUAGUAAUAAAGACUCUGAUGACAUCGUGUCCAGCAGCACGACCGUUGUGGUAACUGAGAAAAGGUCAAACCUUGAUUUGUUGAAAGAUUGGGGAAGAAUGAGAUUAAAACAACUUAAAAACAUAGAACCGACAUCGUCGGCAGCAGUAAAACUUAGAGAUAAAGGAAGAGUUGGGUUGGCUAGAAGAAAAUGGGAUAAAGACGAACCAGUACAUUCUUCAUCUGGAAAUUGGUCUGCAAGUUCAGAGAGUGGACAAUCUACUUCGACUAGUCACAUACCAAGGUCUAGCGUUAGCAGUUGCAGCGGAAGCACGAAACCGACGUACCAUGGGGGAAGUUCGGUGACCAGCGACGAAGGUGAGACCGGCUCCACGUAUUCUUGCGAUACCGAGGGUUACUACACGUCGUUCCACGUGGACAGCGGUCUGAAGACGCUCCGGGAAGAGGAUCCGCCGCAGCCGAUGUCCGCGUUACACUCCACGUCGGCGCUUACGCCAAGUUUCCAGUCGUCUUCCGCCGAGAGCGAGUACGACGUCUUUGGCCGGGGAAGCACUUCGACCACGGCGAGCUCGGCCGGCACCGUGUGCACGUCACUGAUGGUGUCGCCUCCGAAUGUGCCGGAGAGGGGUGGCAGCAAGCUGUCGGAUCGGUCGGCGGACAUCGCUUACGGCGGCUCGCUGCCCGAUCGGAACAACGCGCACGGACCGAAGGACUCCUCGAUGGCGCUGUACGACAAAUCGAAAACGGCUCCGUCCCGGCUGACCAAGGAGAACGUGACCAGGUACAAGGAGGAGGGGCUGAUGAUCGAUGUCAAGCCCAGGUCGUGUCUGGAACACGGCGGCGGCGGUGACUCGCCGGACAGCGGGCACAACACUUGCAGUUCGCCGGUGGACUCUGUGACGAACCCGUCUGUCGACCUGGAGAUGUCCGAGUGUUCCGACUUGGAGGGCGUCGACCGGGUGGAGAGGCUCCGGGUCAAGACUACCAUCAACACCAGCCGCAUACCGUCCAUGUGCGUCAUCACUCCGCCGAUGAGCGAUGACGAGGUGAGCCUGAAGACGAGCACCGCUGCCGUAAGGGCGAUCGUGCCGGACACGGACGACUACGGUGAGUACGUCACACUGGCGCACUACGCGAUACCGGAACCGGUGAAGACCACCGUCGAGCCCCCUGAACCGGCGACGUGCAAGGGGUUCGUGCACCUGGACGAGCUGCCCGCCGUGGGCACGACCGAGCGGCAGAGGCCGGCGGGCGCCCGAGUGACGCUGAACGCCGAAGGCCGAGUCAUAUACACGUCGGACAGCUUGAAGCGCCGGAAGAAGACUCACACGACCAACACGUUCGAGCCCGGUCCUUGCGUGAACGCCAACGUCCGGCCACUGCCUGUCAACGAUCACAGCAACAGUGUUUUGUCACAAGUCAUACCCCGUUCUCCGUUGAACGUCCGACCGGUGACCAAACAGCCGAACGGCGUCGGCGUGCUCAACUCCGCCCUACACAUCGUCGCUGCCAAGCCGAAACUCCAAGCCGAACGCAAAACAUCGGCAGCCGUCCAAUUGAAACCGCUGGUGCCCAUUCCACUGCCGUGUUCACCGGGCCAGAGACGCUCCUGCAAGACGACCGCGGGCCUACCGCUGACGGUGGCCACGGCGCUCGCCCGACAUCGGGCCGCCCCGUCCCGGGUGGUCGUGUUGCCGGACGGCGGCCGGUGUUCGACCGACGCCGCCGGCAAGCCCGUGUCGCCCCUGAUAUCGCCGACCCGGCGGAGUCUGUCGCCCAAGGAGGUGGUGCGGGGCGCUUACGUCCGGAUGCAAGAUCCCACUGAGUGCCUGGAAACGAGCCUGGACGAGAUCAAGUCCGUGGUGAAGCGCAGUGACAGCUACAGGCAGGCCAACGACACCAGUCCCAGGCUGCUCGCCAAGUCCCCGAAUAUGCUGAUGGCGCUACAAAAGGCCCGCAGCGAGACCACUCAAGAUACAAACCGUGGAACUCCACUCGCCUCGACGUCGGUGAACGGCAACAACAGUGGCCGCGAAUGUAGCGCCGGCCACGAACGGAACGUUUCGGCGUCCACGCCGGUUAAGAACGAUCAGAGCGGCGGCAGAAUCGACAUGAGCAGCAACAACAUAUCGCCGAUACGAGACUACCGCGCAAGCCCGACUGCAGGACGCCCGCAAACGCACGAGACUCAGCAACACCGGACACCCAUGCCCCAGUCACCCCCCGGUAACGGACACCGUACACCCGCGGUACAGCAGCCGUACAUACGUCCGGCGUCUGGGCGGUCGGCCAUGGACCUGUACGCGGCCAUUCACGAAUCGAAAAAACGGUUGCUCGGCCAACAACCUGCGGCGGUAGCCGUCCCUACUGCGAUACAGACGACACAGCAUCGGACACAACCGCAGGCCACCUCAGUGGUGAGGCGACCACCGGAACGUCAGUCGGACCGGUACCGGCCGCGUGGCGACGACCGGUCGGCCGCACGGUACGACUUCAAGCGGCUCUUGUUGCAGACCAACAUGGCAGGAGGUAGGCGAGCUCAACAAUCGGCCGUGGUCCGGCUCCAGCAACCACCACCGCCGCCAAGGGCUGGCCCCUCGCCGGUGCCACAGCUGCUGUCGACAGCAACCAGCGGUCACUUCAGGCGAACGCCGUCCAGUUCGUCGUUCCGAAAAUCAAACGUGCUCGCUUCGACCAUACAGGAAGACUGUCGUGAAGACGAGGACUGUCACGGGGCCUCGGUCGUCCCCAGGUCCUCGGCACUUGUCAGCCGCACGCUAAAAGGCCUGCAGUCCGCCGCCGCGCCCACGUGUUCUGCUCUGGAAACGUCCCUUUGACCGAUCUUUGACGACGUAGUUACUUUACUGCACAUUUGCAGCCAGCCGCUGACACUUAUAUUUUUAUCCUUGUGCUGUCUGCUACAGUUAUAUAUUAUUAUCCUUUUGAGGCCUGCUGCAGGAAGUCUCUCGACUUCUAUACGUCUUUGAGCGUGUGUUAUAUAUAUUCGCUAUAACCUCGUGAAUUUCGUGGUAUAAGUUUAUAAUAUUAUCGUAAACAAUAAAAUAUGUAUAUCAUAAUUUAUGUGACGUGGGUAUUUCUAUCGACCGUUACUGGCCAGGACCAAAUUGUUGUUUACGUUUUUUAUUUGCGAACGAUUUCUGUACUCUUUUUUUAUCUCUUUUGUCAAUAUGUUAAUAUAAACUUAAAUUAAAUAACACAUCAUAGGCAUAGUAUAUAGUAUUAAUUAAUCCACCUAUGAUGGUAUGUAAAGAAUCGUUUCAAAUUGUAUUUUAUUAGACAUUGUAUAUGUAUUGUAUAAGUACACACAUAAGUAGUUUAUAGUUUUGCGUAUUAAUGUAUUAUAAUCGUAUAUGCGUCUAGUCUUUACAAAUCUACGAGUUCGAGAAUGUCUCGAAAUAACUGAGAUUUGAUAUAAUUUAAUUUUUAUUAUUAAUGUUGGUAAUAUUAUUUAUUUAUUUAAUUUUUUUUAUGAAUUAAAAAAUGUUUUCGUGUUUACAAACGCAGAGAGGACGUUAACUGUACCCAACCGUUCAUUAUUUUAUAGUGUAAUGAAGUUAUUUUAAGAUUAACACACGUCAAACCUUAUUGUCUACGCAAAAUAGCCAAACAAUUAAUAUAAUGAUGACGUGUAAUUAUUUUCAUACAUUAUAAAAUAUACUUCCUAGCUAUAAAUUAUUAUUAUCGACUCGAAUAUUUAGUCAACUCAUCUGUGGAAAAAAUUUUAAUUCUCAAUAUAAUUUAUGUACUUAAACGUAUUUGUUUAUUUUUUGAUUUUAUAUUGUGAACUAGCGUUAAGAUAAAUAAUAUUCGUGAUCAAAUUUACAUGAAGUUGCUCACGGAGAUUUUAAAAUGUAUAGUUAUGGUACAUAAAUACAUAAUAUACCUACAAAAUACAAAUACAUUGUACUUA